UAGGAAGCUGAGAGAGCAAAGCAAUACGCAAAGUCGUUAUGGAUGCCAACAUUUCUGUUAACCCUCCUCCUCCUCAACGUUUGGAAGACACAAGGGAAGAAGAAGAAGAAGAAGAAGAGGUUCAGAAUUCUCACGGGGCACUGCACAAAUAUAAUUUCUUUCUGCUGGCCAUGCUGGGCGCUCUCCUCCAACUGAAGCACGCAGCCGCAAACAUUGCCUCUCCAUUUGUCACGAACUACGUUACUCUACUCAUUUUUAUUGUUGACUUAUUUGUUUACGUGGCCUUAUUGGUGACUAUCGAGAUGUUGGAAAACAAUCCAGAUUUGGCUGAAUUCAUGAACAACGUUAGCCUCCUGUCAGGAGUUCUUGCCUCCGCUUUACUAUUGCUGAUCCUCAUCCCGGCUCUUGGGUGGCUCACCCUCCUCUUGUGGAUCACUUAUUUUGUGAAGGACGUUGUAACUGUGAGAUCGUAUAUCAGUGUCGCUCUUCAUGUCUUUGACAGAGUGAAAGAGCUUAUGAGUAUUCAGGAGCAGAAUAAUGGUGAUCAACAGGAAAUUAGAAUGGAGGAGGGGCAGAAUCAGCUGGGUGUUACGUAA